UCUCCUUUUAACUAGGCGCACUGCGCUUUUACGCACGACUCCACUGACUUUCUGUAGCAGUGCAGAGUGUCAUGAGGACCGUCAGUGUAUGAGCGACAAGCUGCCAUCUCUGCUCGAUGAUGAUCAUCCUGCCUGCUCUGUUAAUUCUUUGGGGAGAAGCGGCUCAGUGCCUGGAGGAGGAUGGAAGAUUUAACUUAAAGGGAGACCUCCGUCACUUCGCCGUGGCCAAUGGCACGGUUUACAUCGCUACUGAGGAGAUGCUGUACCAACUAAACCACGACCUGACUCUGGUCCGGAGUCUGAGCCAGAGAGGAUUCUUGGCACACAUUCCUGGCACAUCUGAGCUGAAGUUAAACCGAUCUUCUGAUAAGGGGAACGUUACGUUCAGUGUCAACAUGUUAUUACCGCAUGUUGCAGACGAAAAUGUGAUAGUUUGCGGUGUUAUUGAUAAGGGGUGCGGUUAUUGUGAACUGUUGGACUUCAAGAACAUUGCCAAUGUUCUGUACUGGGAAGAAAUCGAGGUAGGUUCUUUGUGGCGCAGCAGUGCGUCCGUGAGCCUCCUGGUGAGUGUGGAGACUCAGACCCGGGCAGAGACUUACAUUCUCACCGCCGUGCAGCAAUACAAGGAAGAGCCGACAAAGACAGGCUGCCCACCUUUGUCAGAUGCAGUGAACCUUUGUAACACGAAUAACAAUCAACCAGGACUAAUAUUUUCUAUUAAUAGCGAAGACAUAGAUCCUGCGAUCACACGGGAAGACGAUGUGGAGUUUGUGGAUGGAUUUCAGAUGAAUUCCAUCAUCUAUCUUUUCUCCAAUCUGCCCUCAAAAGACAGAAACAACAAAGUCCGUCUCCUUUGGCUUGAAGGCAAAGAAGGCAAAUAUCAGACUCUGAAGUCGCUCCGGGGCGCAACUCUCAGAGUCUCUGAUGGAGAGAAAGGACUCAGACUGAUCGCCUCCUCGGUGAUCCCGGGCGGUCCGCCGGUGCUCUGGUGCGGCGUGUUCAGUGUGGACGGAGGACAAACCAACACCGAGCUGGUGCUGUUCGACAUCAGCCCUGAUCUCACCAGAGAGCAAGAUAUGGACCCGGACUUCUGCUCUGACUGUGGUGAUAAGCCAGUGGAUGAGCCAAAGACACUGAAGCCGAAGAAGGUGAUCUUCAAGCAGAACUACAUGACUUCUGUGCUGGCGGUGACACAGAAAAACUGGAUGGUUUUCUUCAUCGGGACGGGAGAUGGGCAGCUCAUUAAGCUUGCUGUGGACAAGAAGUACCAGACCACGUGUUCCAGAGUGCUCUACAAAACCAGUGACGACCGCAAAGUGUUUCAGACAUUACAUCUAGAUCAGGUGGAUCUUAAACAUGUCUGUACGUUUGGAGAUGACUGCAAAGACUCAGACUGGCUGUCCAUUCCUGAUGAUUCUCAACAGAAGAUGGUUUCAUACAAAGUUGCACAGGAAAACACUGGACAGAUCACACUUACCAUCCAGAUGCAUCUGUCGGUGGGCAAGAGUGCACUUUCUAACUUCAUCUGUCAAUUAGAACAUUUUAAAAUGAAAAACCCUGAACUACAAUUCCCACAGUGCACCUUCAUACUUGAAAAUACUACAUUUCCUGCUCAAGGACUGCCUAUUAAACUUAAGGUUGGACUUGGGACGUCAGAACUGUUAGAACGGCUGAACCUUCUCAACUGCACCAAAAUUAGUGGACCACCAACAUCUGUCUUGUGUCGGCAGUGCAUUGAUGCUGGGUGUAGCUGGACCACAAACGGAUGUUCCUGGGCCAAUAAAGGAGUAGGAAAUGACAGUGUUUGCCAGAUGAUGGAGUCAUGGAUGAACUUCUCAAGACCACAGAUCUCCUCCAUCACUCCCAGUGUUGUGUCCUUCUACGGCAGAAACAAUGCAGUGUUGAAGGGUUUUAACCUCAGUUCUGUGAUCAGAGUGAGGUUCCAGGCAGACUGCACACCACAAGAGUUUCCUGUUUGGGACAACACUGGUGAAAAUCUGACCUUUCACAUUCCCAGUGCAGAAAAUAAAGGAGUAGUCAAAGUAUGCCUUCUCCUCCCAGAUGGCAGUUGCCAUGGCAGCGCCAAAAUCACCUACCGAUCGGCACCAUCCUGCACGAGUAUUUCACCCAAAAGCACUUGGAUAAGUGGAAACCGGAAGAUCAAAUUAAUGGGAUCUCUCCUGGAGCUUGUGGAAGCUAUCAAACACAGCAAAGUCCUGCAGGAAGUCAGACUGCCCAGUCACAACACCUAUCAGGCUCUACAGACUCUCACCUAUGACUCGCCUGCAGCUACAAACGCUUACUGGACUUUUUCGAGCACUUUGUCUCUGAAAGUAGCAAAUGAAACCUUGCCCUGUUCCACAACAAUAACCUACUACCCAGACCCUGAGUUUACAAGCUUCUCUUCUACACUGACAGGGGACGAUGUCCGCAUCACCAUACAGAAAAAGGCAGACAAACUAGGGAUGAACAUAACAGAGUUGUCUGUGUGGGGCAUUCAUGAAGAAAACCGACACCCCUGCAUCAUGGUGGACCAAGAAACCAAUGAUGAGACUGAGAUUGAAUUUUUCACCUGUGAGAUCCGAAACACUCGCAUUGCUACAUUUCAGGAGUUAGAG